GCAUGCGUCGAGAGGGCUUGAAUGACUGAGGCGCGUAUGUAGUAUCACACCUGUAGUAUAUGGCGUUAGGUGUUUCUGUCUGAAAAGCCAUCAAAUAAAUAUUUUAUUGUAUUUGAAAUAAUUUUCCCUGAUGGAGGAGGUGGACGUUGAGCCGGCAGUCACCAACAUCCCUGCAGCCAGUGAUGGAAAGCAUUUGGGAUUUGCAUGGGGUCCAGGUGACAUCCUUACCUAUGAGACCAUCUACAAAUCUUCAGGUGGGACUGGAUCAGCGAGCUCCUUCAUCCAUGAAGUCAGAAAAGAUGAGGACAUUUAUUCCCCUAUUUUACGCAAGCUCUUCAACGAGUCGCAUCACAUCUUUGUCGGCCUGCAGACGAUACGAGAAGACCUCCCCAGCAAGAACAAAAAACCCCAAUUUGUCAGCAUCAGUAAAAACUACAGAUCUGUCAUACGAGCCUGCAUGGAGGAGCUUCAGCAAGCUGCCGUUUCUACAAAAGUUGCAGAUGUGGCAACACAAUAUGGAAACCAGGUUUCAAUUUUGUUGGCCAUUGAGCUGAUCUGGAAUCUGUGUGAAGUGCUGUUCAUCGAUGCUGCUCCAGCUGGGUCCCUGUUGCUCCAUCUCCUGGACUGGGUGAGGUUACACAAGGCAGAUGUGGAUGAAAAGGCCAGAGAGGUGCUGCAGAGUGAGAGUCCUGCUGAGCACCAUGACUACUGGGAUGUGGUGGUGAGUUAUGUGCUGCAGGGCAGGUUGGAAGAGGCCAGACAGAUGCUGGUGAAGCAGGCCACCCUGCAGCCUGCUGCCAGGAACAUGUACAAGCUGAUGGACACUUUGCUUAGCAAGAUGCCGUUCUACAAUCCUGGUGGCACUCAGACACUGACAGAGUUUGAUGUGAAGUGGAGGAUCUGGCACGAGGAGGUGGACCGCUGCCUGCAGGACAAUUCAUUCGCUAGUAAUAAACAUCUGGAGCUUAUCUGCAAGAUCCUAGUGGGGGAUGAAGACACUAUGCUGGAGCAUAAAGGCCUAUUAAGCACUUGGUAUCACUUCCUGGUCACCAGACUGCUCUUCUGCCACCCAACAGUCAAACCUACAGAGUUGCACUUCUAUGCACAGUCCUGUAUGACGAUGUUCCUGGACCCGAGGAGCGUCCCAGAGCCCCUUGACAGCAUCUUACUGGCUGCCUUUGAGUUUGAUAUCCAUCAGGUCAUCAAGGACUGCAGCAUAGCUCUCAACAACUGGUGGUUUGUGGCCCAUUUGACAGAUCUGUUGGAUCAUUGCAAACUCCUCCAGUCUCAUAAUCUACAUUUUGGCUCCAACUUGAGGGAGUUUCUCCUGUUAGAGUACGCUUCUGGUCUUUUCACUCAUCACAGUCUGUGGCAGCUGGCCGUGGAUUACUUUGAUCACUGCCCUGAGUUUGGUCGAGUCUACCUGGAGCUGCAGAUCGAGCGGGUUCCUUUAGAAACAGAGCGCAAAGCCCUGAAAGUGCUUCGAAUCUGUGAGCAGAGGCAAAUGUCAGAACAAGUGCGGAGUAUCUGCAAAAUCAUGGCUAUGCGGGCUCUGAGGAACAACAGACUGGGCUCAGCUCUCUCGUGGAGCAUCAGGGCCAAAGAUGCAGCAUUCGCCACCCUCAUUUCAGAGAGGUUCUUGCAGGACUACUGCUCCAAAGGAACCUUCUCAGAUUUGGACCUGAUUGACAAUUUGGGUCCAGCAAUGCUGCUCAGUGACAGGCUCACAUUCCUAGGGAAGUACCGGGAGUUUCACAAGCUGUACGGGGAGAAGCGCUUCAGUGAGGCGGCGAAGCUGCUCCUCUCCCUCAUGACGGCAAAGAUCGCCCCGAGAAGCUUCUGGAUGACUCUGCUGACCGACGCUCUGCCGCUGCUGGAGCAGAAGGAGGUGAUCUUCUCUGCAGACCAAACCUAUGAGCUGAUGUUUUGUUUAGAGGAGCUCACCUCGUCUCUGAACACCACGGCUGCCGGCACAGACAAACCCAUGCAGGAUGAAGACAUUGAGGUGACGAAGGUGGAGCUCCUGAGACUCGCCCUGGCGAGGAAUCUGGCGAUGGCGAUUGUCAAAGAGGGAACUGUGGAAGCCUAAAGAAAACCAAACUCUUCUUUUGCAUUUUUGUACUGUAUAUAAACCCUGAGUAAUAAAUCUCUUUUCUUAA